AUGGCGCCCUCUGCAACAAUAGAUGCGCUAACGGGGGCUUUGGUUGCUCGUUUCCUGCGGACGAAUAACUACUUGGAGUCACUUGAAGCUUUUAUUCGCGAGGCGGAUCUCCCUGUGGACGCAGGGCAGUCUUCGGGCGACGACACCAACAACUGGACCAUUCAGGGCUUGCUGGAGGAGAAGAAGGCAUUUGACCAUACCGCAAACUUCGAAAGAUAUGGCAAGAGUAAUAAGGAUACAGAGUCUUGGAGUGUACCAGCACCAUCAAAGGCAACCAUAGUGAACACACCGACAUCAUCGAAUCUUCUUGCCGCCUCAGUUGAGCCGUGGCAGUUCCCUGAGGAUGAUACAGAGACCCCCACCACAGCGUCGGUCAUCGUUUCGACAGGUGCCGAUAGACAGGUACAUCUGUCUCGAACUUCGAAGAAUCAUAAUUUUAUCACAUCCUUCUCGAGUAUAUCGGACUCGCCGGUACUCGCGUACGUCUCCAUCCUCAAGGGACGAUAUAUCCUGAUGACCAACAUGUCCGGGCGCUUGACUCUUCUGCACGGGUCACGCGUCCUGGAUAGUCGAAAAGAUCACUCAAAAUAUGCUGUGAAGAUUGUUGCCUAUGAAGAACAAGGAGAGGUUGACUCAUCACCGCACUUUUGGGUUGCCACCGCCGGCUGGGAUGCGACGGUCUACCUAUACCGUAUCGACAUCCUAAAUGGAGAAGAAGCACCGGUGAUCGGAGAGCCCGUCGCAAGCAUCAAGUUGAAGACAAACCCAGAAUCGCUGGCAUUCGUGCGCCAUGCCUAUACCAACGAGUUGAUCCUCCUGGUUUCGCGCCGUGACUCUACUUAUAUUUACUACUACCAAGUGGCACCAUCGCCCAAAGAGAUCGGCGACCUGAAUCAAAGCGAAAACAAUGCCAACCGAAUCUUACCCACCGCCGAAUGCCACCUUCUUGGACAGCAGAAUCUGGCGCCUCAUUCAAACGCCUGGAUUGCUUUCUCCCCAGCGCACAUGGCUCUCAGCCCGCACGAUCCCGGCCUCCUGGCGGUAGCUACAUCUUCGCUUCCACACAUGAAGGUGAUCAUCGUCCGGCUCUUGUUCCCAUCAACCGGCUCUCUGGUUGCGCCUAAUGUAUCCGAAGAUGUACCUGUGACCCAAGCUUCUCAAGCACUAGAGGCUCUGGCGCUGCAGAACCGUGAGGACGCAGCUAUCUUGGUCCAGGCCAAUACAUUUGCACCCCAGACGGCGUAUUCGACGCCCCAGGUGGUCUGGCGGCCUGACGGUUCGGGCGUGUGGGUUAAUGGAGAUGACGGUGUCAUUCGUGGCGUUGAGACAAAGACAGGGAAGGUGGUUGCGACGCUCAAGAAUGGCCACGAGCCUGGCUGUAAGGUGCGUACUAUCUGGGCGGGAUACGUUGAUGUGCAGAUUGAAGGCGAGAAUACAGGACAAGAGGAAUGGGUCAUCAGUGGUGGAUUUGAUAAGCGAUUGAUUUUGUGGAAAGUUUGA